CUUCCUUUAGUCGCCGCGUCCGCGCUCGCGGGGGGCCACUCUCCACCACCGUGCCCCGUCGCUCCUCCGCUCCGCGCCGCCGCCACCGACGGACGACAUGCUGCGCUGCGGCCUGGCCUGCGAGCGCUGCAGGUGGAUCCUGCCCCUGCUGCUGCUCAGCGCCAUCGCCUUCGACAUCAUCGCGCUGGCCGGCCGCGGCUGGCUGCAGUCGAGCACCCACAUCCAGACCUCCUCGCUCUGGUGGAGAUGCUUCGAAGAGGGCGGCGGCAGCGGCUCCUACGACCAAGGCUGCCAGAGCCUCAUGGAUUUCGCGUGGGGACGAGCAGCCGCCGCCACGCUCUUCUGUGGCUUCAUCAUCCUGGUCAUCUGCUUCAUUCUCUCCUUCUUCGCCCUGUGUGGACCCCAGAUGCUCGUUUUCCUGAGAGUUAUUGGAGGCCUCCUCGCCCUGGCUGCUAUUUUCCAGAUCAUCUCCCUGGUAAUCUAUCCCGUGAAGUACACACAAACCUUUGACCUUCAUAAUAAUCCCGCUGUCAAUUACAUCUAUAACUGGGCCUACGGCUUCGGAUGGGCGGCCACCAUCAUCUUGAUUGGCUGUUCUUUCUUCUUCUGCUGUCUCCCCAACUACGAGGAUGACCUGCUGGGCAAUGCCAAGCCCAGGUACUUCUACACAUCUGCCUAAUGUCGGAGGGAGACCCCCAAGAGAAGCCCUGCUGCCAAGACGGGUCCUGAGGAGGAAACUGUUCUCCAAGCCACAAGGAACCUAUGUUUGGGCAGUGUUCCUAUGAUCAGAAAUGCUGGAAUAAAUGUUAAAGAAAAUGCUUCGUAAA